GACUGUGGACGAAAAAGGAGCAGCAACUCACAAAAAAGGAGGUAAUGGCGGCCUCUUCCUCCUCCUCCUCUGCUGGGGGGGUCAGUGGAAGUUCAGUCACAGGGUCUGGGUUCAGUGCCUCUGAACUUAUCCCUCCUCGGAAAGUUCUCUACACCUAUCCCAAAGGAGCCGGAGAGAUGAUGGAAGAUGGCUCCGAUAGAUUUCUAUGUGAGUCUGUGUUCAGCUAUCAAGUGGCAUCGACACUUAAACAGGUUAAACAUGAUCAGCAGGUCUCUCGAAUGGAGAAGUUGGCCAGCCUGGUAGAGGAGCUGGAAGCAGAUGAGUGGCGGUAUAAACCCAUCGAACAGCUCCUGGGAUUUACAACAUCUUAAAUAAACCUGCUGGCACUCCACUGCUGUCUUUGCCAAGUAUUCACUCACGCAGUCUUCACAAGAUACAUUUGAAGAGCAAAGAACAUUUUUUUGUUCUUUGGAGGGGUGUUAAAUUUUCCUUUGAACCAGAUAACUGCCAGUUCGAAUGAUUUUUGGUGGAAACACAACAGAGUUAUUUUUGUUUAUCUCUUAAAGGUGUUUGUGAAUUUAAAUGUGUGAUGUGGUAGUUAUCAAAAGAAACAUCAUGUCAUGAGUGAAUAUUUUUGAUGUCUGACUGAAUUCUGAUCCGUAAAUAUUUUUAAAGCACUGGGUCAAACUUCAUUUACAUUUUCAUAGCAGUUCUCUCAUACCUUUUAAAAAAAACAUCCCUCUUCAAUUUUUAACUGUUUCAUUUCAAAGCGUUCCCAUGUGAAUAAAAGUUAUUU